CUUCCUCUCCCCCGCACGCGCCAGGUUUCCUGCCCCAAGGCGGGCUUGGGUGCCCCCUCUGGCAGGAAGUGGGGCUGGGUGCACCCUCGUGCCGGUGCAUGCGGUCGGGGUGCACCGGUUUCCCGCGCCUGCGAAAGCGGCCUUCGCCCCUCCCCCCGCGCUCUAGCCCCCAGUCCCGGCGGCCGACCUGCAACCACCGGGCGCAGACACUUGCAGUGUCACCCUGGGCCCCGGGUCUGCAGCAGGGACGACAGGGACUUUACCAGCCCCCAGACGGCAUCCCAGCCGUCGUUCCUCCACCUGCUCUGCCGACAAGGGAAGAUGAGCGAGUCGAGCUCGAAGUCCAGCCAGCCCUUGGCCUCCAAGCAGGAAAAGGACGGCACUGAGAAGCGAGGGCGGGGCAGGCCGCGCAAGCAGCCUCCGGUGAGUCCCGGGACGGCGCUGGUAGGGAGUCAGAAGGAGCCCAGCGAAGUGCCAACACCUAAGAGACCUCGGGGCCGACCGAAGGGGAGCAAAAACAAGGGCGCUGCCAAGACCCGGAAAACCACCACAACUCCAGGGAGGAAACCAAGGGGCAGACCCAAAAAACUGGAGAAGGAGGAAGAGGAGGGCAUCUCGCAGGAGUCCUCAGAGGAGGAGCAGUGACCGUGCCGUGCCGCCCGCUCCCUCACCGAGGAGCAGUUUCCUUCUGGGACUGGACAGCUCCGCUCCGCUCCCACCGCCCCCACCCCUUCCCCCAGGCUCUCGUGUCACCGCCACCCACCUGCGCCCUCACAACCACACUACACAGCACACCAGCCGCCGCCGCAGGGCCCCCGGGGCCCGAGUCGGGAGCAGUUUCCUUUGAUUUCAGGUCCCAGCGACCCCUGACCCACGCGCCUGACUUCCCAUU